AUGCGCUCUUCAUUCACAGAAUAUACCCAAUCAUCGGGUAUCACUAGUCCUCUCAGUCGUACCUCAACAGCUUUCAAUUUGACCAGAGGCUUGAGGGCCGUGUAUUGCGGUAGUGCAUUUCUGCCAGCAUUUGUAUUGGACGAAUGCCAUGCAGCUCUCGAUGAUGUUGGUUUCGAUUUUGUACGGAAAUGUAUAGAAGCAAUAGAGGAAAAAGGAAUACGCGAGCAAGGAUUGUAUCGAAAUUGUGGUGUUACAUCGAAAGUGCAAAAGUUAAUGCAGAUUGGAUUGGAUAGACGGCGUUCUGUGCAUGAGAAAUUUAAUUUUGCUGAUGAUGAAUGGGAGAUUAAAACUUUGUCAAGCGCUCUUAAAACUUUUUUAAGGAAUUUGCCGGAACCAUUGAUGACGUUUGACCUACAUUCGCAUUUUAUCAAUGCUGCCAAAAUGGAUUCCAAGACGCGUGUUUCUUGUAUUCACUAUUUUGUCUAUAAAUUACCGCAAAUACAUUUCGAGAUGUUGCAAAUUAUCAUCGAGCAUCUUAGGAAGGUAGCAGAUCGUUCCAAUGAAAAUCUUAUGACGGUAGGUAAUCUCGGUGUUUGUUUUGGACCAACAUUGCUGAGGCCAAAAGAGGAAACAAUGGCAGCUAUUAUGGAUAUCAAAUUUUGUAACGUUGUUGUCGAAGUGCUCAUUGCAAAUUAUGAUCUCAUAUUUAAAAAUAAGCCAAUAGAAGUCGAUAAUGUUCCUUGUCCAUCGAAGGUUAAUGACCACGAAGAAUUGUUAAGUGAAAGUUCUUGUUUUGGAGAGACUGGCUCUGUUCCUCCUGUUGCCUUUUCAAAACAACAGGCUUUAUCAAUCUCUCAGGAAGGAAAGAGAUCACAGGUAGAUGGUGUGUCAAGUUUCAACAAACGUCCACAAAUAAUUGCCAGCUCAGCCAAAUGUCAACGCCCUCCCCCUAUUUACGACAGAGUGCCAUGUUGCUAUGCCAAUAACAAUGAUGAUUUAAACAUGAACUUGUCUAAUCGUUCGAUGUUAGCAUACGAUAACCCGAGUACUUCGACUGGAACAUCUCCUGUCACACCAAUAACUAAUAAUAGUCUGACUUGUUCAACCUCUGUACUUACGCAGAGUACCGCAAGGUGUGAAGUCAGACAACCUUUACAUGGAUCCCCUACUGAACAUGCGCGAGAUGCAGCCGAACGUGAAUAUCAAACACAGGUUAGCAAAAAAUAUGCGGAAAGUUGGGAAUCAUUGAAUUCAACAAUCACUAGUUCAGAUCCGUCACUGAAUGAACGAUUUCGUCAUCAUCGAACUGCGCAAGAGCGACAAUCUACCACUUCCAGAGGUGCACUCCCUUUUCAUAUGUUGAAGGAUUAA